AUGCUUCAUGAAAAGUUAAAAGCAUAUAUAUCAAAUAUAAUAACAGAUAAUCAGAUGAUUGAAAAACAUCAUGAUGAAAAAACAAACUUACAAAAUGUUUUAAAUAAUAUGUACCUUAUAGAAAAUGCGCUAAAAAAAACAAACAAUAAACUAUUUAGGCGUAUAAGUCAAACUCAAUUAAAAAAAAUUAUUUUAUGUAUAUUAAAAAAUGAUGAUCAAGAUGAGGCAUCUUAUACACAAAUUGAUAAAUCAAAAAAGAAACUCCAAAACAAAUCCAAACAUACUUAUACAAGCGAUUCGAGUCAAACCAGUAAUGAACAAAAUGAUAAAGCGAAAAAAAUUUUGAAAAGUGAAAAAAAAAAAAAAAAAAAAAAAAAAAAAAUGUAUCAAGAAAUAAAUAUGGGAUUAGACAUAGGAACAAAUAUCGAACAUGAUGGUAAUUCUGAUAAAAUUGAAAAAUAUGGAUAUGAUCAAAUAAAUAAUGAAAAUGUUGAAGGAAAUAAAAUAAAAACCAAUUUAAUUAAAAUAAAAGGAGAAGAAAAUAGUUCUAUAAAUACCAACUUAAGUAAUGUAAAAAUAUGUAUAGAUAAUAAUAUAACAAAUUUAAAUACAUAUAAAGGAAUAAAUAAUAUAAAAAAAGAUAUAUAUUAUAGUAUAGUUUAUCCUUAUAAAUAUAGAAAUGAUAAUUUUAAUACUAUUAUCAAUAUUAAUGGUAUUAAUGGAUCAGGUAAAACAUCAUUAGCAUAUGCUAUUGCAGGUGAAUGUGAUAGCCAUUUUUUUUACAUAAAAUUACCUGAAUAUGUAAGGUAUUUAUCAAAUGAUAAUAAAAAUAAUAAAUUAAGAAUAUUAUUUGAACAAAUAAAAAAAGAAUAUAAUAAAUGUAUAUUAUGUAUUGAUGAUAUGGAUAUUUUAUUUAAUUCAAAAGAUGAUACAAUAGAUAUAUAUAUAUUUACUUAUUUAUUAAACUUAUUUGAUAAUACAAAUAUAGUUAUAAUAUUAUUAAGUAUUAAUAAACCAUAUGAUACUAUAUUAUAUUCAAAAAUUCAAAAAUUUAUAUCUAUGCCAAUACCUACUUAUGAAGAUCGAAUUGAAAUUUUACAAAAUUUAUCUCAAAACUUAGAAAUCAAUUUUGAUGUUCUUUAUACUGCUUCAAUUACUUAUGGUUUCAAUAGGGCACAAAUAUAUGACAUACUAAAUGAGUCGAAAAAUCUGUUUAUAUACAAUCAUGUACUAUAUGAUAAAACUACUCCCUAUUUUGUGAAUAGUAAAAAGGAUGAGCUAUCUAUAAACAUGUCUGGAAAUGAAGACGACAAUUAUGAUCCCUCUUUAAAAAUAGAACCUAGUGAUACUACACAUUAUGAAGGCGAAGAAAAAGAUCCUAACUUUGUCGAAGAAAAUUCUCUAAACUAUGUAAACAAUGAAAUAGAAAAUGAUGGAAAUGAUGGAAAUACAAAUUCGGUGAAGGAGUUAAAAAAUGGGGAAGAGACCGAAAAAGUAACAAAUUUGGCAAAAAGAAAAGAAAGGAAUAAUAAUGAUUAUGUAGAUAUUUAUAUAAAAGAAAAAAAACAAAAAAAAAUAAUUCCUAUAAAUAUAAAUAAUGAUAUAAUUUAUGAAAGCAUAAAAAAUAUAAAGAAAAAAAUUACAACACAAAAUAUAUGUGAAGUACCAAAUAUAAAUUUAGAUAAUAUUGGAUCUUUAAAGAAUAUUAAAAAAAUAUUAGAAACCAAAUUUAUUUUACCUGUAAAAUAUUCUAAUAUAUAUAAGCAUUUAGGUAUAAAUAAAAGUAUGGGAAUAUUAUUAUAUGGCCCACCAGGGUGUGGAAAAACUAUGCUAGCCAAAGCUAUUAGUAAUGAAAUGAAAGCAAAUUUUAUUGCCAUAAAGGGACCUGAAAUUUUAAAUAAAUAUGUUGGUGAAAGUGAAAAAAAAGUUCGAGAAAUUUUUUCCUACGCUUCAACAUAUAAACCAUGUUUAAUAUUUUUUGAUGAAAUUGAUAGUAUAUGUAUUAAUAGAGAUAAUAAUAAAACAGCUGCUGCAUCCGAUAGAGUAGUAAAUCAAUUAUUAACAGAAAUGGAUGGAUUAUCACAAAGAGAAGGAAUAUAUAUUAUUGCAACUACAAAUAGACCAGACAUUAUUGAUAAAGCAUUAUUAAGAACUGGUAGAUUUGAUCAACUUAUAUAUGUAUCAUUACCUAAAUAUCAAGGAAGAAUUGAUAUCCUAAAAAAAUUAUCAAAAAAUAUGCCAUUAGAUAAAGAUAUCGAUUUUAAGAAAAUUUCUAUUCUAACAAAAGGUUAUAGUGGGGCUGAUUUGCAUGGGGUAUUAAGAGAAAGUGCCUUUAUAGCUCUUCAAGAAUGUAGAGACAAAAUUGAUCGAUUUAAUUAUAAAUCGAAUGGGCCUACACCAUUAAUACCUUCAAAUAUUGAACAUACUCAAAAAGAAAAACAAAAUUGCUUUACUACAACUUUAGAGAAUACUUUAAACCCUGUUUUAAAUAAAAAUUAUUAUGAUACAUAUAUUUUAAAUGAAAAUUAUAACCAACCAAAUGACAAUAAAAUGGAUUAUGCUAAUCCAAAAAGUUUAGAACAUUAUAGUUCUGAAAAUGGGGAAACAAUAAAUAAUGAAAUUAAUAAUCCUUGUAUAACCGAUCAAACUAUUUGUGAUGCUGUACAAAAUAAAAUUAUGACAUUUGAGGAGGAAAAUAAAACAUUAGGGGAAAUAAAAAUGGAAGAAAGACAAAAAGAAGAAGAAGAAAACAAUAAUAAAGAUAAUUUUCUUUACAAAAUUGAAGAUUUAAAAAAUGAAAAUCUUCAAGAAAAAGAUAAAAAUAAUUUAAUAUAUGAAUUUAUUCAAAAAAAUAAAAACAUAUUAGCAAUUAAACAAAAACAUAUACUCCGAGCUAUUAAUAUUGUCCCUCGUAGUGUUACCAAAAAACAAAUGAAAUAUUAUAAAGAGAUAAGCAAAAAAUUUAAAUAA